CGUACUCCAAAUGCUUUUCACAGUGAAAGAAAGCUGAGGGAGAGCCACGCCGUCGCCACUGCGAAGCUGAAUAAAGCCGUUCACCGCUGCCUCCUUCAGCAACCUUUGUGUUUUUUUAUCUCUACUAAAUCUAAAAAUCAAAAGGGCCACCCACUUCUCUCACUCGGGCAUCAAGAAGCCCUUUUCUGAAGUUGCCCUCCAGACGAGAGAAUCCCGCCCUAUUUUCCUCUCCCACUCUCAAUCCUCGCAGGAUAUUGAGGCAAGUAUAGAUCACGCAUGGCUGAAUUAAGCCUUGGUGUGCUUAUAGAUAUUGUGGAUGAGGAAUGGAUGAGAGACACUCUGCCUGUUGAUGAUCUUCCAUUGCCACCUGUACUGGUUGCUCGAACUGAAGAUACAGAAGACUCGAACCAGGAGAACCAACAACUUGAUGGAGAUACUUGGCAUGAUCUUGCAUUGGGCGCUCAAUGAGGCUUUUGGACAUAAGGAGGGUUUUAUCACUAAGUUUUGGUUUCUGUAAGUCUGGAAAGUGAAUAAAGAAAGGGCAUUUGGCAUUUAAACAUCAACUUCUCUUGUCCUUUCCACUUUCCUCUCCUUCUGUCGCCCUUGUCCUCCCAAACCCCUCCCAAACCCCAGUUCCUAUUCCAAGGGAAAAACCUGAAGAAUAACUUUAUGGUCAUUGACAUUAUAAGCAGGUUUUAUAUUUGCAUUGUGACCAGGUAAACUAGAUCAAGGCUGUUCAUAUAUGAUGGAUGAAGCAUAUAUGCUUUAGGGAAGAAAGGGUUUCAUCAGAAUUGUGUAGUGUUUUUUCUGGGUGGAUGGAGAACAAGUGGGAAGUUAGUAAGUGCUACAAGAUCCCUCUAGGUGGCUCUCACCACAUUUUUUGUUGCUUUCCAAUUUGAUAGCUGCGGAUUUCAUAAGCUUGGCUUGCAAAUUCCUUUCAAAAUAGACAGAUUUUCAGUUGCUUUGCACUGGGCUAUAGAGCAGGAGCUCAUAUGUUCCAUGGCUUAAGAAAUUUAUGCUGUGAGGCACACUUUAUGGGAGAUGAAGGAAUUACCAAUGUUAGAUGCUUA